UUCCCAUUUCAGUCGACGUGAGUGAGCGCAAGGUAUCGGUUGUGGGUUCUUGCCGCGUGGACCGUUCCAAGUUUCAGGUUCAUUUUUUCUUCUACAUCUCCUGUUCUGUGAUAUUUACAAGUGGUUGUUGUUUUAAGUUGUUGUUGCUAUUCCCGGUUUUUUUUGUGUGUUUUCCGCUGGCUGAUCCAGCUAGAGAAGCCCGUGUCGGUGUGCGUGCGUGACAAGACUAAAGAGGAAUCGAGGAAAAUAAAAACUAUCCGGUCUGCUUGCGGGACACUGACCCACGAAGACUUGAGGUGUGCGAAAAGGUGUUUCUUACCGUCUCGAGAACACGGGGACAGCAAAUGGUGUAGUAGUAGAAGAAAAGAGGAAAAGGAACGGAACGACAAGAACAAGGAAGCUUGCCGUAAACUGGACAUGCGAGACGUAGUUCUGCAGCAGCAGCAGCAGAAGGAAUACCAGCAAAAACAUCAGGGAGGAAGACAACGGCAGAUGAGAAACAGCAAUCGACGGCUGCAUCAACGACAGACACUUGUUUGCGUGCGUGCUCAUCGGUUCUGCGGCCGUCAGGCAACGAUAUUACCAGAAGACGUCGGUGCAUCCUGGAUUGGAUCAGCAUGAUACGGUCACGGGCGACGCCAGAUCAUCAAGCGUCCACAGCAGCGGCCGCAGCGAUGGCCAUGAUUGGGUUGGCCUCACCGGUUGUGGACGGCACCGGUGCAGUACGAGACUUCCGAAGCAAAAGUGCUGAAGAGCUGCGUCGCAACAGCCGCGAGAACAAUCCGGCCAUGUACUUGCCGGUCGGAGUCAACCAGAUCAAGGAAGAAACAAACGACGGUGACAUUCAGCCCGAUUCGGAAGUUUCGCUGGACGCCGGCAGUGCCUUGGCUCAGGUGCUGGGCGAAGAUUUCUCCAACGAUGACGUACCGCAUGAACCGGAAAUCGAAAUCAAAACCCGGGGCCUGGACGAGUCUCCCUUCCGGAAGCAUCACCAUCACCAGAAAUCGCUCCAGUACCUCAGCUACCAGCUGGCCGAUCAAAUCUUCAAACAGGCUCCCACCCAUUUGCUCACCAAGGACAUGUUGGAGCAGAAGAUCACCGAGAAGGAUCCGGAUCUGGAGUAUAAAAAGCAUCACAAUAACAACAGCACCUGGGCCCGAUAUCUGCCGAUGUACUACAAAGGAGUCAAGCAGAACUACGUCCGGUGUUUGGAAUGCGGAUGGUUGGUACUGCACAAGGCAAGCACAGGGACGGGAUCGCUGCUACGGCACAAGUGUAAGAUUAAGCUGCCUUCCGGCGUGGAAGUGAAGAUCGAACAGCAGCCAGCCUCCACUAGAAAUCUGCCGACCAAAGCAUCGGCCGUGGUGGGACCUACAUCGUCUCAUGCAGUCAAAUUCCAAUCGACUGCGAUGCCUCAAAACGUGAUCGAUGACCUCAUAAGGCAGCAAACAUGUUUUCUGUACAAGGAACUCAGCAGCGUGGAUCUAUUCGAAAGUAGCAGCUUUCGAACGUUUGCCCAGAUGCUGGUGAAUAUCGGGGUGUACUAUGGCCAACAGGACAUAGGAUUUCUGGCCGACCGCAACAAACUGGUAGAACGGGUGAUUCCAUCGAUCUACCAACAAGCCCGAGGUCAGCUGAACCAAGUGCUGGCCGAUUGUGAUCUUAGUUUUAGUUACAACCUUUUCCGGAGUGAACCGGAACAAAAGACUUACGGUACGAUCAAUUCGUACACCGUAGCCGAGGAUUACUAUUUCCGCAAAAUCAACGUUAAGACUGUGCCUGUAGAUGAUGAGGAUACCUUCAUCCAGAAGCUACCUGCUAUAGUUGCCGAAAUGUUGGAAAGGGAACAUUUGGGUCAAAUGAAAAUAGUGGCCGGCACCAAAUUGGAAUCGUUCCGAACUGAAAACUUUGAGGUGAUUCCUUGCGUGGUAACAGCUCUCUGGGGAAUCAUGAAGAAAAUUAUGGAAAUGUUCAAGUACGACAGUGAACUGUACGUGGAACGGAUUUACCUUCAGGAGGACGACGACGAUGACGAGGAAGAAGAUGCCAUGCGAAAGAUCCUGGCGCCAUUUAAGGAGCCGAUCAAAAGUUUGGUAUCGGAAAAUACGGCCACCAUCAGUGAGGUGGUGCUCUGGAAGAAAAAACUUGAGCGCCAUUUCCGGGUGGAAGAAGAGGAUGAUGAGAAUAUGAAGACUAUCAAAGAAGCAUUCCAGCACCAGAUCAAGCAAAGCUUGAAACUGCACGACUAUCACAGAAUUGCCGUUUUUCUAGAUCCCAAGUUCAAGGGACUCCGUUUCAUGACCGAAGAAGAUCGUUCCGAUACAAUCGCCACCGUUAAAGCUCAGUUGCAUCGAGAUCAGGAGGGCAUCGAACAGCUGAAGAAGCUGUAUUCAACUGGGAAGAAGAAAAAUACCGAAAUCCAGAAGGAAACCAAAUUCUAUGAAUUCAUGGACGCUUCCCUCGAGGUGGAAACGAACGACGUGGUCGACGAUGAGGUUCGUCAGUACAUGGAUGUGAAGCUGGAAGCUCCGGUGGACAUCCUGACCUACUGGCGCAACGAAAAUGCAUUCCCCCUGCUGAAGAAACUCUGCCAGCGGGUUCUCAACAUUCCGGCAGCCUGUGAUGACAUGAAGCUGCGCUUCGGCCGAGCCGAGCAGCGCGAUUUUCUCAAAAAACGUGCCGUUCUACGGGAAGAGGAACUAGACAUGUUGCUCUAUCUGAAUCAGAAUGGACCAUGAAUAAAGAGUAUAAGACUUAUAUUAUUUUUA